GUCUUCUGGGUCCCCCGCCGCCCGCCCGUCAUGGCGUUCGCCCGCGCCGCCGCCCUGCUCGCCCUUGCCGGGCGCGCCUGCGCCUUUGCGCCGCCCCCCGCGCAGGAGUGCAGCGGGCCCCAGCGUCGCUCCCCGCGGUGCCGUCCGCCGCGGCCGGGGCCCCGCGCGAUGCCGAGCCGGCCCCGUGGGGCGCGUGCCUGCUGGCGGGGCUCGGCCUCGGGUACGGGGCCGCCGCGGCCGCGAAGGCCAGGACGGCCCGCAGGGCGGAGCAGAAGCCGCAGGCGGAGCUCGCGGAGCUGCGCAGCGCGGUGGGGCGCCGCCGCUUCCCGCUCUUCGACCGGCAGGUCUGGGGGCCCCGGCCCGACAGCCUGCACGCCAUGGCCCUCGCCCGCGUCGCCGCCGUGCUCGCGCUCGCCAGCCGCGCGUGCGCCUUCGUGCCGGGCGCCGUGCGCAGCCAGCGGGCCCAGGCGGCGCUCCCCGCCGCCUCCGCGGGCGCGGCCCCGCCGGCGCCCAGCGCGGAGCACGCGCCGUGGGGCGCCAGCGUGCUGGCCGGGCUCGGCCUCGGGUACGCCGCCGCCGCGGCCACGAAGGCCCGGACGGCCCGGCGGGCGGAGCAGAAGCCGCAGAUUGCGGCGGCGCGGACUCCCGUGGCCUAUCCCAUCUUCACCUUCCGCUGGCUCGCAGUGCACAUGCUGGCGGUGCCGACCGUCUUCUUCCUCGGGGCCAUCAGCUCCAUGCAGUUCAUCCAGCGCUGA